AUGAGCUCUGGCGACAUUCGAGACCUCAACGAAUUGGCUCGGAGGUUCCUGUGCAGCGAGGCAGACGUGGACGAAAUUCCACUGGACACAAUAAAACAGAUCAAGGAGGCGUUUCGACAGAUGCGCUGCGUGCACCAAAUGACGCGUGGGGAAAUGCAGCAAGAGCUAAAUGAACAGCUCAAGAUUAACGCCGAUCAAAUCAGGGAGGCCGCCAGAAGGCUGUCUGAAGAAGGGGACGCCGUGGGCGAGGUGGAGAGGGACGCCGCGACGGGAUUCCACAUCGGUGAGGCGCCGGCCCAGGCCCGGCCAGUCACGGUGGACACCGACAAGCUGCAACAGGAGCGCGAGUCCGCCGCUCCGGUGGCCCCCUCCCCCGUCUCCCUGUCCACGUCCAGGACGUUCGCAAGCGCCAAGCUCGAGGUCGGCCUGGACAAGAACGUGUCCUAUGUCAACUACAUCACCAGGUCGAGCGAGGGCGUGGCGAAGAACGCAGUGCUCAAGGAGCGGCAGGGGGAGCUGAGGGAGCAAAGGGCGUCCAUAAGGAAAGUGGGCGCCCUGGUCAACGCAGCAAAGAAGGAAAUAGACGACUUGAACGCCAGACUCGAGCUCAAGAAGGCUGAGCGCCCAGCCGACAGCGAAAUUCUGGUGGACGAAGAGUAUCAGAUCAUUGGGGAGUUGAAAAUCGCAAAGAAGAAGUACCACGAGAACUUCGACAGGCUCAAGGAGCUCCGGGAUGAAAUGAAGCCGUUGCUGCAGAGCGUGGCGGAGGCGCAGCACGCAGUCAUAGAAUGCUUCAGGUCCUACCACGCUGCAGGCGAAGGCGCUGCUGAGGAAUCCGACGGCGAUGGAGAACAGUUGGACGCCGCAGAGGAGUUUGAAAGGCUUGAAAUGGGUAGGAUAAUGGCUGUCGAUCCCGACAGCUGCGCCUUCUUCUCCGCCAGAAAGCUCUCCAAGCAAAUUUCCCGAGGCCGGCCCCACGGCUACGACAAAGGGCAUAUUGGCGCCCUGAAGAAGCAUGCCAGCAGAUCGGCAAGCCGCGCAUGA